AUGACUACAAUAAUUACCGGAGAUUUCAAUGCCAAAAGUCCCCUAUGGGGCUCACAUAAUACGGACACACGAGGCCUCAAAGUAUGCGAAUUCAUUGCCAGCACUGGACUAUCGAUUAUCAAUGAGAUAGGGGAUACACCAACCUUAGCAAGAGUAAGUGGCAACAGCUGGAUUAACCUCACACUUAUCAUAAGUAGAGACAGAAUCCGGAUCGAUAAUUGGAAGGUAACGGACGAAGCAAACAAUAGCGAUCAUAAUAAUAUCUAUUUUGACGUCUCCAGCAUUCAUUACCCAACAUGGAGAAGAUCGAAAAUCAAUGUACGACAUACCGACUGGCUAAGUUUCAAAAGGUAUAUCUCAAAAUCUUUAGCAGACCCUAGAAAUCUGACAACUAUCGAAGAAAUCGAUAAAUAUGUAAGAGAAGUUACCACUAGUCUUCACGAGAUCUAUCAAAGAACAGUUCUCUCACAUAACUCGAAACCAAGAUCGCGCACCUGUCCAUGGUGGACAAAAGAUCUCACUAUUCUCAGGAAAAAGGUCAGAGCAACAAGGAAAAGAUUCCAAAAAACAACUGGAGAGGAAAGGACCCAUAACAGGCUGCUUUACCAGAGGGUACGUGCACAGUACCGGCAAAAGAUGUAUAAAGAAAAGAAAAAAGCAUGGGACAUGACAUGGAACAAAAUCACUGUUAGCUCUCCGUUCGGAACAUACUUCGAUCUAGCUAAAGGGAAGAGCAUGGAUCCAUUACAGAUAGGUUCAGUUCAAAAAGAAGAUGGCACAAUGACGAGCACAAUUGAGGAUACAAUUAGAGAAAUCAUGAGGUUCCAUUUUCCAGAAGACGACCCCAACGAGGACUCUACAUACCAUGCAGAUUCCGAUCCCAAUCAACCGAGAUUCCAAACUCGGAAGACGAUCAGCCGUUCACACUCGAAGAAAUGCAACGUACGAUAA